AUGAAUCAGAGCAGCAAGCUGUACACUACCACUAACAUCAGAAACACCUUCUUCUUUGAGAUAAUAAUUGGGAUCUCAGGCAACAGUGUCCUUCUCCUCUUCCAUGUCCUCAUGUCCAGUUGUAAGCACAAGCCCAGACUCACUGACAUGCCCAUUGGCUUCUUGGCCAUAGUCCACCUACUGAUGCUGCUGGUUGUGAGCAUCAUAGCUACAGAUAUGUUCAUAUUUCAGCAAGGAUGGAAUGACAUCACAUGUAAAUCUCUUGUCUUCUUAUACAGAUUUUUGAGGGGUCUCUCCAUUUGUGCCACCUGCUUGCUGAGUAUCCUCCAGGCCAUCACUCUCAGCCCCAGACACUCCUGUUUAGCAAAGUUCAAAAAAAAUUUAUCACCAUGUCACAGCUUAUGGUCCUUGUUUGCCCUUUGUUUUGUCUAUUCAUCCAUUUCCAGUAACCUUCUCGUCUACAUAGUUAUCACCCCUAAUGUGACCUCAGACCACCUACUGUAUAUUACCGAAUCCUGCUCUCUUCUACCCUUCAGUUUCACCAUGAAAUACAUAAUGUCCACAUUGUUCGUGUUCAGGGAAGCGUUCUUUAUUGGUGUCAUGGCAGUCUCCAGCGGGUACAUGGUGGUUCUCCUGUGCAGGCACAAGAAGCACUCCCAGCAUCUUCACAGCACCAGUCUUUCUCCAAAAGCAUCUCCAGAGGAAAGGGCCACCCGGAUCAUCCUGAUGCUCAUGAGCUUCUUUGUGCUGAUUUCCAUCUUGGACAGCUUUAUGUCAUUCUCAAGGCAUAUGUUCAAAGAUGAUCUAAUAUUCUACUGUAUCCAGAUUCUUGUGAGCCACAGCUAUGCCUCAGUCAGUCCCUUUGUGUUCAUCAGCACUGAAAAGGGUAUAACUAGGUUUUUAAGGUCCAUGUGUGAGCGGAUAGUGACUAUUUGA